GUGACCCGUGUAUCGAAUUUGCUUCAAAGAAUUUAACCCUUGCUGUUGCAUCCCUCAAAACAUUGUAGAAAACAAAAUGAUGAAUGACGAGAAUCCGAUAAACAAUGAUCUCUUCAAUGCUUUGGUAAAUGGCACUCUUCACGAAAUUCACAGUUUACAUAAGAAGGAUCCGCGAGUUCUGCUUGGCGUUACAUUCCAAAGAGACACUCCUCUGCACAUUGCUGCAAGGGAAGGCCACCAAGAUAUCGUUGAUUGGAUUCUUCAAGAGAAACCGUCUUUGGCUGGAGCUCGUAACAAGGAUGGCAAUACACCACUGCACGAAGCUGCUAAAUGCUGCAAUUCAGAACUAGUCGAUAUUCUGCUUCAAAGCAAAAAAAGUUCUGCCUACUAUUCUAAUAAGUUCGGAGGGACAGUUCUGAUAAUAGCUUCCAAGUAUGGCCAUGCAGAAGCAGUGAAAGUUUUGUUGAGAGCCAGGUCCUAUAACGACGCGUCCGAAAGGCGUCAAUCUUUGAGGGUUGCAGCUUACGGAAGAUACCCAGAUAAAUAUUCAGAUUAUUUCUGCAAACUGAAAUAUCAUACAUCGUAGUCCCAUCAAAUCAUUGUUCCCUCCAAGUGUUCCCGAGGUCUCGGAUCUCCAUGCAGCCAUUCAUGGAGGAGAUCUUGCGAUUGUAGAGGCAGUCCUAAAUUCUUGUGCACGGUAUAGGGAAUUAAUGACAAAAAUGGAUGAAUUUGGAAGGUGCGCAAUACAUGUAGCAGCCAUGAAAGGCCAAUGGGACAUAAUCACUCUAUUUGUGGACAAAAUGCCAGAUUGUAUCGAAAUCCUGAAUUCAGAUCAUAAGUCUGUCCUUCACUUUGCCGUCGAAAAUGAUCAAUUUGAGAUGGUGCGCAAUCUACUAGAAAAGAAAUCGCAUCAAAAAGUCGCAGAGUUGGUGAGCCGCGACCAUGACUGCUUUCACAAUACAGUUUUACAUCUGGCAGCUAAACGUGUAGUGGAUCCCGAGGUUUGGCGUCCUUAGUUUUCCCCAUCUUUCUGUUUCUUUGUUCUCAUCAUUUUAUUUUCUUUGCUAACA